UAGUGAGAAAAAUAUUCAUAAUUCAUAAAAGCAGUCAUACAUUUAACAUACCGACGGUCACACCGUCACACACAAUGAACUCUAAGGGCUAAACCAACAACGGGAGAGACGAAACGACGAUAUCGAGCAACCGGCACUCCGGCAGCGGCAGCGGCAGCGGCGAGGUCACGGACGGUGAGGGUUUUAUCAACGUGACAUACUCAUGGCUGAAAAUCCUACAACUGAUGAGGCAGUGAUUCUAGCCGAUGAGAGCAUUAAUUCAAAUAUUGCGCGUCAAACACAUUCUGUCCAGACUAAGGUAAAGAAAGAAAGAAGAAAAAAGAUCUCGUGCAUGGAAUCAUUUUGGAUCAUUUGUUGAUGAAGAAAGAAAUAAGAAAUCAAAGUGUAAGUAUUGUGGUCAAGAUUAUUUUGCUGAUUCAAGUAAAAAUUGUACGACGGCAAUGCUUACUCAUUUGUUAAUAUGUUCAAAGAUGCCUCGAGAUCAAACUGUUGACAAAAAUCAAACCAAAAUAGGCUUUCAAUCUAUUGAGGGGUUGUUGCAGGUGAUGUGGUUGUUGUUUCGUGGAAAUUUGAGCAAGAACAAUGUAGGAGAGCUUUAUGUCGCAUUGUGACUGUAGAUGAACUCCCCUUCAAGUUUGCUGAGAAGGAAGGUUUUAGAAACCUUAUGAAAGUUGCACAACCUCAUUGUAAGAUUCCUUCUCGUACCACUGUGACACGUGACUGUUUUAAAUUGUUUGAUGAAGAGAAACAAAAGUUGAAAAGGUCUUUUAGAGAAGCCUAACAAAGAAUCUGUCUUACCACUGAUACUUGGACCUUUUUGCAGAAUUAAUUAUAUGUGCAUCACUGCACAUUGGAUUGACAGUAAAUGGAUUAUGCACAAGAGGAUAAUUAACUUUUGUCCAAUUACUAGACACAAAGGUGAAGACAUGGCUAAUGAGAUUAGUAAGUGUUUAUGUGAUUGGGGCAUAGAUAAAAUUUUUACCAUCACAGUCGAUAAUGCUGUUCAAACGAUGUGACUGUGAAAGAGUUAGCUAAGGCAUUCACUAAACGGGGAACCAAUUUCAUGAACGGAGAACACCUUCAUGUAAGGUGUAUGGCUCACAUAAUUAAUCUUAUUGUCCAAGAUGGUUUGAAAGUGACUAGUGUGUCCAUUGAAAGGGUUAGAAAAGCAGUGAAAUACAUAAGGCAGUCCCCUGCAAGGUGUAAGAGGUUCAAAGAAUGUUGUGAAGAUGUUGAUAUCAAUAAUAAAAAAUUGUUAUGUUUGGAUGUUUCUACGAGGUGGAACUCCAUAUACUUGAUGUUGAAUAGGGCGAUUGAGUGUGAAAAUGGGUUUUUGAGUUAUGUUGAUCGUGAUAUUGGCUUAUCACAUUACCUUCAGUUUAUUGAGGAUGAAGAGGGGACUGUUGCCGGUGCACUUUCGAGUGAUGACUGGGAUCAUGUUUCUUGUUAUUUGAAGCAGUUGAUAUCGAGUGACGAUGAUGGUGAUGAUCUUUUGGGUAAAAUUGCGUCGAAUAUGAAAGAAAAUUUUGAUAAGUAUUGGGGUAGUCCAAAGAAAAUGAAUAAGAUAAUUUUUAUUUCUUGUGUUCUGGAUCCUCGGCACAAGUUUGUUUCGGUUGGUUUUGCUCUUCAGAUGAUGUUUGGGAAAGAAGAAGGACUAAUUUUAGAAAGCGGGGUGAAAGACUACAUGAAUUUGAUGUAUGGUGAGUAUGUAAAGUCUUUUUCAAAAGAUAAAGAUAGUCAACAUUCUUCAUCUUCAUCUAGCUCUUUAUUUGAAAAAGAAAAUUCUAGUUCACUGCCUUAGAGUUCAGGUAGUGAUGUUCAAUCGAGAGGGUCUUUAGGGUCAUUCAUGGAUGAUCUUAUGAAACAUAAAGCUGGAAAUACAACAACAGUUAAAACAGAAUUGCAAAAGUAUCUUGAUGAAGCAAAUGAAAGUGAAACCAAGAACUUCAACGUCUUGUCUUGGUGGAAAAUACAUUCACCCAGAUUUCCCAUUCUUACUGAGAUGGCUCGGGAUGUGUUAGCUAUUCCCAUUUCAAGAGUGGCAUUCGAGUGUGCGUUUAGUACCGGUGGACGUAUCUUGGAUUCAUUUAGGAGUUCAUUAACUCCUAAAUUGGUGCAAACUCUAGUGUACCUUCAAGAUUGGAUUCGGAGUGCAUCACAACUUGAGGAAGAUAUAGAUGUCCUCGAAAAGCUUGAACAAGGUAAGAAUAUUCUAAUUGUAUUAGUUUUGUGUUAUUAUUGUAAACAGUCGUUAACAGUUUUGUGACUCAUUAAUAUAAAUUCUCUGUAGAAUUGGUUAAUACUAGCAUUCUUGAUGAUUGAUGUGGAGUUGAGGUUCUUCUUUUUUGCACUUGAAUCUGGGCAUCUGGUAUGCCACCCAUCCUAGCUAUAAUUUGUUUAAAAAAGUCGAUCUUGAUCACAACAUGAUUUGAGUCAUGUGUCAUCCCAACAUCUUUAAAGAUCAAAUCUGUAGCUACCCUUUUGUCUAAAUCUUCUAAAUAAUUUAUAAAAAUCUUGUAUUUAUAUAAUAAACAGAAAUUAGUUAACCUUUUAUAAUUUAAUGUGUUGUUCAGUUCUUGUUUCUUGAAUUGUUGAGAUGGGGAUUGAGAGUAUGAGAAAGUUGAAGCCUUUGUUGCAUUUGUUGUUGGCUUGUUGCCAUUUUGUGUUAAUUGGAUUGCUGAAGAGAUGACUGUUUCUGUGCUUGUUGAUGUUACUACUAGUGCUCUUUGUCCAGGCCAAUCUACUUAUUCUGAGGCUAUUUACAUCAACGGUGUUCAACAAACAGUAUGGAAUCUUUUUCUACACUUUUUGACUUUUAUGUUGUGUGGAUAGUGUUCUUGUUUUGUGGGGUUUUGUUUUCGGAUGGAAUAUGAUUCUUGAUAAACAUCCAGGAGUAGCUUGCAUAUGAUAAUAAGCAUCCAGGAGUCUUGAACUCUGCAAAAAUCUACAAGUAGGAAGGGCAUACAUGACCAGGUUAUGACUGCAGCCUGCAGGGCUUGUGCCUAACGUAUGCCCAGGUUAUGUUUGUUUAAAAUUAGUCAUGUUUUAAGCCAUCUGUAGCAUAUUUGGUUUUUAAACUAUAUAAACAUUUUCUUAAAAUUAGUCGAUCUUAUUAUCGAGUGGGGAAAAAUAGCCCAUAUGUUAAAACGAGAAAACAUUCUUGAAGCAAGGGAGUCCCUGGUUCCAUGCUGGCUGCUAUAAUUGCUUUUUGCGCCUGCAAGAGGGCUGUACAGAAGUCAGAAGCCCAGUGUUUUCAUUAGAAAUGGAUUGGUUCCGCGGAAUUGUUAAUGUGGAAUGGAUAGAGUAGAGCAACUUGUGGUUUCUUCUGCUGGGCAGUUGUGUUGUGAUAAUGACAUGGGUACCACCAGUGUUGGUAGGAGGUAGAAAGUACCGAGUGAGUUAGUUGAGGUGUGCACAAGUAGGAACAAUGAUGUUAUUAAACACCGAGUGGGUUGGUAGGAGUUUUUUUUUGUAUGAGUUAUAAAAAAAUAAUAUAUAUAGAUAAUGGUGAUUUAUCAAAUCUAAAGAGUAGGUUCGGAGAAUUUAGUGACUUCUUAUUAUUAAACAUGCCUUGGCUUUUACUUAUCAGAUCUUCUAUUUUCAGCCAAUUUAAUCAUCUCAUAGUUCAGAACAUCAGAAUAUACAGUUGGAAUUUUAACUUUCUCGGAAUACAUUUUAUUACCCGUCAUUGAUGGGCAGACUUUCUCUUGGUUUGUAUGCUAGACUACAUCAGUUACUCUACCGGAAUAAGAUCUUUACGUAGGGGACGCUUUCUUUUUGUUUUGUAUUCAGGUAUCCAGAUUAUGUCAUUGAAAGCACUAUCUCACUGCUUUUUCUGGUUUAAUAACUAUACUUGUCAUUAGUGGUCGUUAUGGGAAUUUCCUGGUCAUUUGAAUUAUUUAUUCAGUUCUAAGUUUGACAAGUGUUCAGUGAUCUGAUGUUUGAUGGAAACCGGAAGAUUUUGGUUUAGAAAAUCCUUAUUUACAGGAUUGUGGUAGUGUUUUACUGUUUUCUUUGCUUUUUAAUCAAUUUAAAAACUUUCUUCUCGAAGAAAUUAGCUUGUUGAUUGAUGUCUAUAUUGUGUCAAAAUGUUCUACAGGCAGGCUUUUAUAAUUUGUAGUUUUAUAUCCAAUCCUCAUCUCAAAGUGUGUUCUUAGGGUUCGUGUUUCUUCAACAAGAAUAUCUCUUUGGACUGAUUUGACUAUCUCAUUCAAACCUGUCUAAACUGCCUACUAUUUUCUAGUUGCUUUGGGAUAUACUGUUGGUUUUCAAUUUAAUCAGAUAAUAUUGGAGAAACACGAGAGUUUGGUUUUUUCUUCACAUUUUUUAUUUUGUUAAAUUUGGUACAAUAUGUGGUUUGUAAGAUAAUGUUUAUUAUCCCAUUGGCUACAUAAAUCAUUUCGAAAGAGUGAAGUUAUUAAGGAAAAUUGUCCUAAAGGUAGUUAUGUGAAUAAUCACAUAACUUAGUAGAACUAUCUAUUUAUGUAACAUUCAGUAAAGUUACUUCAUUCAGUAUUUCCCAAUUGUAAUUCUAGAUAAUGUGAAACAGUGCUUCCACAUUUAGCUUUUGAUUUUUGUUUUGUUUCGUCUUCAUGAUUUUUGUUCGACCCCCAAGCUUCUUUAUUUGUUUCCUUGUUCUUUCCGAUCUCUAGAUUUAUGUAUUUGCCUCUGCCAGCAUCAGCUUCACUUUCAGCUUCAGGUUAUGACUGGAUUGUAAGGUGUUAUGUGAUAUGUUGUAGGUGUCCGAGUUUUGGCAAGAACUGGAUAUUUUCAAAAGCUUGAAGGACUAGGAUUCGAUUUUUUUUCAACUAACAUUCAAUUCAAGUUUGAAGAUUUUUGUAAACUAAAACUCAUUAUGUAGGAUUUGGUGGCAACUAAGAUUUUGUUUUUCUAA